GGGGAAAUGGUUAUUGAAAACCGAAGAAAAAAGCUAAGCGAUAAACAGGCUGAAACCGCAAACUGCGUUGGUGACUGGUAAAACUGAGAAUGUGACGGGUAAUAUAUUAUAGCAUGAACUUUUUGGCGGACCGUUUGUAGGUUCUUAAGACAUAGCUAAACACGAUUAGCUACUUUUGGAGGUGAGAAGAAAGGCAUACAAUGCCGUGGGAGCGCUUUUUGUCAUCUUCGGCUCUCCUUGCUCUUCCUCAUUUACCAACUGCGUGAGGACGGACUCAAAACAAGAAACUACUGUGUCGUUAACUGAAGCUAGCUAUAACCUGAACACGUGCUAAUUUACAAUGGCGGAUAGCGUAGGAGAGGUUGCUAAUGGUGAAAUUGGGUUAGGUGUUGGUAUUCAGGGAAAUGGAGCUCCAUUGUUACCAAGUUUGGGUAAUUCUCUGCCGGGCCACUCGACGAGUGGAGCUAACCCGGCCUCGCCAUCCCCAGCAGCGGCUGCGGAGACUGGCCUAGCCGUCAUGGCCCCUGGAGCCGCAACUACCUCAGCCAUGGGGACUGGGAGCGGGUUUGGAGGUGCAGGUACUCUUAGCGCGGUAGUGUGCUCUGCCAUUCCAAUACCCACCUACUCCGCCACCAAUGCUCUGCCGGGCGGUAUCGGUUUGGGGGUGGCCGGAGCGGGCCUCUUGUCGCAGAUUCACGCAACGUCCUGGGACCCAACACUAAGUACCGACUGGGACAACGAGAAGACGUCCCAGCAAUGCAUUCUCCGAAUCAAAAGGGAUAUAAUGUCCAUCUACAAGGAGCCUCCCCCGGGUAUGUUUGUAGUUCCUGACCCUCACGACAUGACUAAGAUCCAUGCCCUCAUCACAGGACCCUUCGACACGCCCUACGAGGGAGGCUUCUUCCUCUUUCUGUUCCGCUGCCCCCCGGACUACCCCAUCCACCCCCCACGGGUCAAGCUCAUCACCACUGGCCAAAACACUGUGCGCUUCAACCCCAACUUUUACCGUAACGGCAAAGUAUGCCUCAGCAUCCUCGGGACUUGGACAGGGCCAGCAUGGAGCCCGGCCCAAAGCAUCUCCUCAGUUCUGAUCUCCAUCCAGUCUCUGAUGACUGAGAACCCUUACCACAAUGAACCAGGCUUUGAACAGGAGAGACACCCGGGGGACAGCAAGAACUACAAUGAGUGCAUCCGCCAUGAGACCAUGCGCGUGGCUGUAUGUGACAUGCUGGAUGGGAAGGUGCCCUGUCCAGAAGCCCUGUGGAGUGUGGUGGAGAAAUCAUUCCUGGAGUACUAUGACUUCUACGAGGGGGUCUGCAAAGAGAGACUACACCAACAGGGACAGAACAUGCAGGACCCUUUUGGAGAGAAGAGGGGUCGCUUCGAUUACCAGGGCCUACUGGCACGCUUGAGUGCCACCCAGAGGCGCAUACGGGAGAAGUGCCCACCGGAGGACAACGAUGAGCACUCGGACUCGGACACCAGCUCCUCAGGCACAGACCCAGAUAGCCAGGGCAGCUCCCAGCCUUAGCCACCAGAUGGCGCCACACUACUUAUAUUUUUCUGUUUCUCCCUUUCUGUUUUUGCAGGAUGGUUUUGGCACAAGCGAGAUGUUGGAGAGGGGGAAAGGCUUGAUAUCAGGAAGCACUUAUGAUACAAAGGCAGGGGAUAGCUAAUGACUGUUUUGAUUGGUUCUUUUUCCUUCGCCUGCAAUCAUAACUGCCUUUUGAUUUAAUUAUUUGCUUUUAUUUUUCAACUGUUGUAAGUAAACAAUGCUAGUGUUGGGAGUUUGGCUUGUAGAAAUGGACACUAGUUGUUUUGAAAGCAAUUUGUCAUAUUCCGCCUUUAGUUGUCUUUUGUUUUCCCACGCCAGAUUGGAUUAGGAAGUAGAGGGGAAAUCUGAGAUUGCCCAUUCUCAAUAUUCAGUCAGUACAACCACAUCGAUCGUAUAAAUCAGAUCACCAACUUCUAUUCUUUCAUACAUCGGUACAUACACCUCAGACUAUUCACUUCUAAAGUCCCAUUGUCUCUUAUGAUCUUUCCUUAAUCUGAACAGUACUUAAUACAAUUAUGAACAGUCAUAAUUACGUUAUGAAUUCAUAAUGAAUUGCAUUUGUUUAAAAAAAUAAUUUAAACUCCACUAAUGCCUAGUACAAAAUAUGUACAGUUGUGGCCAAAUAUGUAGGCACCUUUGCACUUUACAGUGGAACAGAUUGUACUAGUGGUUGAAGCUUUGAGGCCAGUAACUGAAAGGUUGCUGGAUCGAAUCCCCGAGCUGACAAGGUAAAAGUCUGUCAUUCCCCCCUCCACACCUCUCUGAUUCAGAGGGGUUGGGUUAAAUGGGGGACACACAUCUCAGUUGUACAACUGACAAGGUAUCCCCCUUUCCCUUUUAAUAGUUCUUAUUUUCAAAACUGGUUGGGUGGCUCCUUUGUUUUUAUUUUCCCUGUAGGCACUUGCAAAUUAUGACAAGUGAGGAAAAAUUACACAUCACUUGCCUCCAACCAAAUUUAUUAGAAUUCCAAUAAUGACUUUAAAAUCAAAAUUUCAGUUUUGAUAAAAACAUGUCUUGGUCCCGUGCAGAUGUAAAUCAAACAAAUAUAGGUGUGAACUUAUUUGAUAAGAAAAUAGUGAAUCGUUCAAGGGUGCCAAUAUAUUUGUCUGUAUGUGUGUGUGUAUAUGUGAGCACAGCGAGAGAUUUUAUUAUGGUCUGUGGGCAGUGUCUUCAAAUCAUUUUCUCUCUGAAUGCUCUCUGAAUCAAUGUUUGAUGUGUAUGAUUAUCAUUGAGCUAUAGUGUUGUAGGUUAAACUUUCAAGAGAUGGUUUUCUUCUCUGAUGCUAAAAUACUAGUGGAGACUAAUAGGAAUGCCAAGAAAGCCAGAUUUGCCAUUUGACCUGUCCCAUUAAACCAAUGCAACGUUUUCCAUUGCAUUUUUCAUUGGAAGGCAGUGGACUGGUUCCUCUUCAGCUCCAUUUAGCAGAGACGGCCGUUACCAAACAGUCACAGACCUGUGUUAGACCUCCAUGGUGUCACCUUUUCAGUCAUCUGAAAGCCACCGCCAGGAUUUCAAACGAGCCACGGGAAAUGUUUUAUGAUGGUAACAAGAAAUACCGGACACCUGCUUCAAGGCCGUGUGAACUUUCUUUAUUUUAGAGUUUUCGCCUGCAAUGGGUUACUGUAGAUUGGUUUGUAGAAUGAUCUCAUGUCGGUUUCGGCCAUUUUUUAAGCGCUAAAAUGUUUUACGUUGGCUUACAUAUAUGGUGUCAGAAGUGCGUUCCACAGGUUGACACAGUCUAAGGUACAAGUUCUAUAUAAACCUAACCUGGCAGUAAGAUUGACAACACAAAUGGAAUAUGGACUUCAGGUGACCAAGGAGGAUAUAAAAAAAAAAAUGUUUUUACGGUAAACCGUAUGACCCGUUAGAACCACUGGUCUUUUCUGCUGUAAGGGGUAGAUCUUAUUUUUUCAUAUUGAUGUGGAGUUGUUAUUCUUGCUUUGAAAGACAAAGUCAGAUCCCCUUUCGAGACUUCUGCCUGAGCCACAAUCGUUUGUCUCUUGAAUAGUCCCCCUUCAAAGUGUCACGAAUCUUUGUGCCUAUCAGCCAGUGCAGCUCACCAAUAACCUCUACUGAGGCCUCAAAGGCUCUCCAUCUUUCUGGUUUUAUCAAAACUGCUUAAAGGUUUAGGGGGCUGAACGCCUCUACUGUGUCACUUGGUUUGUAAUCCUAUCUAGCAAGGUGCAAAGAAUUAUACCUUUGUCUUCAGUCCUUAUUGCAUUUUGAAACUACGCACUCAGGAUACAACAAAACCUCUUGCUUUGUAAUGGACUGUCUGGACCACAAUCUACUGUCUAAAUGAGGGGGCCAGCUCCAGUGAAGAUUGGCACCCAAAACAGGACCACACCCUUCUUUUCCUCUCAUGGACAUGUUUUUCUAUUCCUUCCCAUCUGGGUGCAUUUCUGCUCAGUUCUCUCAGUCGAUUGGGACUUCCUCUCACAGGAAAUAAUGUUGGAUUUAAUAAAUCUCAUAUUUGAGAUAAUACUGCUAACUUUGUUUGCGAAGAAUGGAAAAAAAAAAAUCUAUAUGUUUAAUGUAUGAAUCUACUGCAAAUGAAACUAUUCAAGCAAAUAUCCUACUGGCCAGCUCCACUGCAAAUGAGUAGGUGUGAGAUGACACUUCAUGCUAAAUGUAGCAACCAGUUAGUUUGAAGCCUUGUUAUGGUUUGGUGUGUAUAUUCCUGUAUCAUUCUGAUGGGACCCUUCUAUUAUGUCCCUUGUCUGAUGGUUUGUGCCCCCAACCCAGAGUAUCGAUCGGAAUUCCUUUUACUGAGGCAUCUUCAAUCGAUAAUGGUAUUUGCAUUUAGGUGUUUUCAGAAAGUGAAGUAUGUAAAGCGUAGAAACUUCUAGAAUAAAUGUUGGCACGGCCAUGGGCAUAAUUAAAAAUAAUAAUAAUAAAACGGGGAGAGCUCAUCGAUCUCAAUGAGUUAAGUAACAUUUGUAUUGAGGCCCAUUGCGUUAAUGUCUCAGUAUCUCCUGACCUUCAAUCUAUGUCAUUUUUUUAUGAGAGUGAUACUAAAAUAUACUGCAUCUUUUCCUCAAGAUUGAAUUAGGACUUGGGAUGGUGUAGAGUAGACCACAAUGCUUCUUAGCUAGCUACCAGCAAUGUGCAGGGCUGCUAAAACUAGCUGCCACAUAGAGCUGUUGCUCUACGACAGGGUUUCCCCACACGGUCCUGGGCCCCUCCCCCCUUGGUGCACAUCAUGUUUUUUGCCCUAGCACUACACAGCUGAUUUAAAUAACUAACUCAUCAAGUUUUGAUUACUUGUAUCAGCUGUGUAGUGCUGGGGCAAAAAAUAAAAAAUACGUGCCCCCAGGACCAUGUUUGGGGAAACCCUGGCCUAGCAGUACAUUCCCACAGGGGUGCUCAACAUUCUAAUGGCCAUUCAUUCUCAGUCAAGGGUAAAUGAAUGGUUUACACUUUUUGAGUUAACAGAAGAUGGGGGACCCAUUUUAGGCCUUGACUUCCAGGCAAAGGCAUUAGUCCCAGGACUUUCACCGCCAAGUUUAUGCAAGACUAUUUUCAUCUGACUUCAUCUCUGUUUUCAUUAUAUUGUGUAUGUAAAAAAAAUAUACAUAAUAAAAUAUACCAAUGGCUAUUUUGA